GGUGGAUGGUAGCCUGCAGGGGGUAGUGUGCUCCCGGCGGAGCCUCCCUCGAGCUGGCCAGGUUGGGGCGCGGCUGUGCUGUGCCCUCAGCCCGUCUUAGGGAUGGGAAGCCCCCCCAGAAACCUGGACUCACGGACCUUCAUCACCAUCGGAGACAGGAACUUUGAGGUGGAGGCUGAUGACCUGGUGACCAUUUCGGAGCUAGGUCGCGGAGCCUAUGGGGUGGUGGAGAAGGUACGACACGCCCAGAGUGGCACCAUCAUGGCUGUUAAGCGGAUCCGGGCCACCGUGAACUCACAGGAGCAGAAGCGUCUGCUUAUGGACUUGGACGUCAACAUGCGCACAGUUGACUGCUUCUACACUGUCACCUUCUAUGGGGCCCUCUUCAGAGAGGGAGAUGUGUGGAUCUGCAUGGAACUCAUGGACACAUCCCUGGACAAGUUCUACCGUAAGGUGCUCGAUAAAGGCAUGAUGAUUCCAGAAGACAUUCUGGGGGAGAUUGCUGUUUCUAUUGUGAGGGCACUGGAGCACCUGCACAGCAAGCUGUCGGUGAUUCACAGAGAUGUGAAGCCAUCUAAUGUCCUCAUCAACAAGGAGGGGCACGUGAAGAUGUGUGACUUUGGGAUCAGCGGCUACUUGGUGGAUUCUGUGGCCAAGACGAUGGAUGCUGGCUGCAAGCCCUACAUGGCCCCUGAGAGAAUCAACCCGGAGCUGAACCAGAAGGGCUACAAUGUCAAGUCCGACGUCUGGAGCCUUGGCAUCACCAUGAUUGAGAUGGCUAUUCUGCGUUUUCCUUAUGAGUCCUGGGGGACCCCGUUCCAGCAGCUGAAGCAGGUGGUGGAGGAGCCGUCCCCCCAGCUCCCAGCUGACCGUUUCUCUCCUGAGUUUGUGGACUUCACUGCACAGUGCCUGAGGAAGAACCCCGCAGAGCGCAUGAGCUACCUGGAGCUGAUGGAGCAUCCUUUCUUCACCUUGCACAAAACCAAGAAGACGGACAUCGCAGCGUUCGUGAAGGAGAUCCUGGGAGAGGACCCAUAGAGGGCAGGGCCCUCCCGCAGCCCCGAGCCCCCUCUGCAGGGGCAGUGCUUGCCCACGCCCAUAAGCUACUGCCAUACCAGCCUGGGGCAUUCUGGGAGGGGGCGGGGGGGUCCCAAGUGCCAAAGAACCCAACUGUCAGGGCUUCCUGCUGGGCCCACGUGGGCCCCACCAGUGCCUCUGUCCUGCUGCUCCAAGGACCCCAAGUCUUCAGCCCCCAAGACCCUGGACUAGGAGGGACCUGGAUGCCCCCAACAGAUGCUGCUGCCCCUCGAGAGAAGGCAGCUGGCACGUGUGCACUGCCUUGGCCCAGCCCUGGAUGCCACCCAAGUUGUAUAUUUUUUUAUUUCUUGACUGAAUGGACUUUGUGCACUUUGACUCAGGGUGGCCACAUUUCUGUCCUGGCCUGGGUGGCGCGGAGGGGGAUGAGCCACAUGAGUCCCCUGAGCCCCCUUGAGAGACAGCAGAGCCGCUUGAGGCCUUCGCCCCGCACUGGCAAACGGGCCUCCAAGGGGCACCGGUGGCCUAGCCUCCUGCUACGUCUACCAGGGCUGUUGGCUCAUGUUUUAAAAUUUACCCUCUUUUUUUCUUUUUUGCUUUGUGGG